UCGCAACUGUGGUAGUGCGCACGGAAUGCAUACUGUCCAAUCCUGCCCGGACAAUUAAGCAAUUGGAGGUGUCGAAGAUCGGGCGAAGCCUAUUCAUACUGUUCAUUGUCCUUGCGGUUAAUCUACCUACCGCUGUGGUUCGUUUGCCACCUAUUUUACUGGGCCUCUGUGAGGAUACUCAUUAGUUCCCAGACAUCAAUCAUACCCGGCAUUGAAAACACCCAAGUUGCCAAAAUGAACCGAUUUAGGAAGAGCAAGAAGGUGAAGGAGGUGCGACAGGAGCCCGAGAGUGUCCCCCCGGUCCCAGUUAUUCCUAUCCAGGCUAUCCCGAAGCUGCCUAAGAAAUCCAAGAAGGAGGAGCCACAGCCGGAGCCAGAGCCGGAAUUUAACUUGGAUAAUGCGCUUCCAUCGACGGAUGAUUUCCGCACCAGUCUCAUCAUGCCAAAGUUGUCUGCGCGAUUCAGUAUGUUGAGGGAGCAGGACGAUCCAACGUCCAAGAUCGGCAAAGCAAAUGACGACAGCGUCCUCUUCCCGAAGAGAGCUUCGAGGCUCAAUCUCUUUGGCCAUAACCCCAUCGGCCCGGGUCUCCUGGCAGACAUUGCGGAAGUGUCAUCAAUAAGGCCUUCACUCGACUCCGGUCGAGCAGGUUCAUUUGCGGAAAGCCGUGAUGAUGAAACAGAUUUCACAAAGCCUCCCACUGGUAGUGUAAUGUCGAGAGCCAGACCAGGAGAAGGAAACAACCUCUUUGGUGGCCGACAGAAGGUGUACAAGAUCCCAGUCAAAUCAACCGAGUCGGGAGGCUCAGGGGGUCUGAAGGGAAGGACACUCUAUGAUGACGACGUGACCCUCUCUACUUUCCAGCGACUGCGGCUUGAAGAAAAGGAGAAUCGACUUGCGGAAACAAUGGACUGCCUACAAGGUCCAACAGCAGCUGAUCAUUCGGAACUUUCUUCCAUAAAGAGAACCACGACCUCUUCGACCGCUUCCGGGCCGUCAAAUGCUCGAACCUCUACGGCUGCAACUUCUAUUGACGAAGAGCCGUCUACCGUUUCUACUGAGCCUAGCCAGACGGCUUCCAAUCCUGGACCGACAGUCCCAGAACGCCCCAAACCACGUCGUCUCUACGGACAGGGUCUUGAGCAACCCCAGAACAAGAAAUCACCCGCCUUCGCUGCUAUCAGCAAGUUUGAGUCUCUCAGCCGACAGCGAACAGGGAACCUCGAAACGCCCCCUUUGAACCGGCACUUCUCACGAAGUGCUCACAAUCUGCGUGACAGAUUGCAGACAUCAUCCCCCGUUAAUGCAGCUAGUGGGCAUGAGAAUACCCCGCCGCCUUCUGCUACUUCUCCACAUCCUCAGAACAACAAAGAACUUGGAUUUGAACCUAAUUCAGCUCCUUCCCCUACUGGGUAUGGUGUCAUUCCUCCAUUGAGCCCACCUGUGAGCGAAAAUGAAAUUCUGGCUGCUGCAAUGCAGCCGGAAGACAAAGGCAAAGCAACCGCAAUGGGCUUGUUCAACAAGCCCAAUUCACAGUACGACGAACAGCAGUUUACUCGCCGUCAGCUGCAAAUGCAUGAAGGACGCAACACGCCGGAAUUGAGGCAGCAGUCUCCACGCCGUGGAGCCCCAGUCCCUGAUAAUGGGCGUGGAAGACGACUAUCGAAUGGGAGCAAGCGUUCGAAGACGGAAUCAGUGUCCUCUCAUUACAGUGUCCGUCGCACUAGCAGUAACUCCCCAGGGCCAAAUGCGAGAGAAGCAGGCCCCAACGGAUCGUCCGGUGCGACUUUCUUUGCAAACUCCAGCGGAAGCGAAUCGGAAGGUGAGGGGGAGGAAGAUAGAGGGCCCUCAAGAAAGCCAUCUUCUCAAGCAUUGGACGACAUACACCCCGCCUUGCGGCCUCGCAACACUGAAUUAGCCGAAGACGAUGCAGAGGCUGCUGUUCAAGAACCUAGCGUUAUCUUGCCAGAGGUGAGAUUCUCCGAUCUUCGUGAUCUGAAUUCCCUUACGGAAAUCAGCGAGCCAGACGCGGGAGCUCCAGCUAUUGUCGAAGAGGAGUCGUCUGAGAAAGCACUCGAUUCCCCGACCCUUGGACCAUCAGGCCUCGGAUUGAGUGGAUUGAUUAGAACCCACUUGCGACAUGACAGUGAUAAAUCAUCGAUAUAUCCUUUUCCACAGUCGCCUGGGCUCCCUUCAACUGACGCUGCAAGAUAUCGCGAAUCCAUUAUCGAUCCUGCAGUUGACAACUUCCGUCUGUCCUAUGCGACAUACACCGAUUGCAUCCAGGAAGAUGACUGGAUGGAUACGAGUUACAAUGCGGUGCAGAGUACUUUUGAUAAGAUCUCAGAGCCCACUCCGAAUGACAGCAUGUCAAGCAUGUCGUUGAGGGCAAAGCAGAUGCUCGAACAGGCCACUGCACUGGGAGCCCGGGACGGUGAUGAUUUCCAGACGCGGGAGAGUAGUGAGCAGGAUGAACUCAAGUCGAACCAGAGGCGGCGCGGCAGUGUUGAGACAGAAAGGGAACGCGAGGAAUUUGCUAACGAACUCGCUGAAAGACGAAGAAAAGUGCAGGAGAAGCUGCGAGAUUUUGCCGAAAACGAAAGCAGAUCAAGCAGUCCUGCGCCUGGUCGUUCGACUCCUGAUUUGAAAGGAAACGCUUUCGCCGCGUUGAAGAAUAAGUCCAGCAAGAAAGCCGACUCUGCUCACUCGAAGAUCUUCGGGAAUCGUUCCAGGGCCACAUCGGUUUCUUCUGUCGUCUCAGAUAUGGAAAAUGAUGACCAGUCGCCCUAUGCGCUCGGUAGGCAUUCCAAUAGCAGUACCGGGAAGAAUAUUUGGCAAAAGGCUCGUGCGCUGGGUCGUUCCAGUCGCGAGGAAUCUCGAGACUCGAGCCCCCGUCGAGGCCCUUCGCCAUCUUCUCGUCCCGAGUCCGAUAUGUCAGGCCGAUCCAAGAUUAGCUUGAGGGCCAGAGAUGACUUAGACAAGGUGGACGAAUACUUUGUUAGCCAGCACACGAGCCGUUCAUCUGGCGAGACUUCUGGUAACCGUACAUCGGAUUCCGUGACAGCAUCCACCCGUCCGUCUGUGGAGGCGGGCGAACAAAACCCCUAUGAACGAUCCGCAUCCGUUGCAUCGGGAAACUACAGUGGUGGUCGACCAGGUCAAUUAGAGGUCAACUCCGCAGGAGAGCCUCCUGAGUUGGGUCUCUCUCCUCGGCCCUCCCCAGCCGCCCCCUAUUCAGCCAAUACCACACCUCCGCUAUAUGAGAUGUCAUCCGACAGCUCUGCUGCCUCCACGCCUGCAUCUUUCCAAUCUGGUUCGAAUGUCAUUUCACAACGGGCGGCUGGAAGCUCCGGUCUCCAAAAACGGAUGGUCAACAAGAUGCAGAUCUCUGAGCCCACUCUCGUUUCUUCUACAUACAGGGUCCCCACCGUCAAUUUACCGCCAGGAGCGAGUCUGACUAACGGAAUGGAGACACCUCCUGUUCCCCCGAUGAACCCUCGCCGGCGCCGCCAGACUGCUACGCAGACCAUCCUGGGAGCUCUCAAGGGUGACAAGAACGAGCAGCCUCCCGUUCCGCCCAACAGCCACGCAGAGGAGCGGAGUACAUUCUCUGACGAGGGCGAGCGAUUUCCCAAAGCGCUGAAUCGACUUAGGAAUAUCUCCAGCGAAGGUUCGAGUCUUCACGGCAAGGCUCGCAAGGACUCCGUCAUACCCCAGCAAUCCCCUAGCACCUCGCGACCCAGCAGAAUGUUUUAACUUAUUCUCGGAUCAGCUGAUUUUGCAACUGACUGGCGUUUACCGGACCAUUAUACCUCUUUGCACUCAUUGGAGUCGAGAUUUUCUUUUUCUAUUCUGCAGUGUAUCUUCACCGUAUGGGCUUUUGGUUGUGUCCUUCAAAGGGGUGGGAGCAGGGUUAUGAGGCUAUAUACCACAUCAGAGCCGUGUUUAUGGGAGCUAUACGUGAUAUUUUUGGAAAGUCUAUGUCGUCUUGAAGUCCCAUUGUCUCCGAGUUACAAUGUAAAUACCU